GUUGCUGAAAGUUCAACUGUCAGGUCAACAGUCAUUAGUGAACCGAUAACAGUGAAAUUCGCAUUAAGGGGUCAACUGUCUGAAACAUGAGACACCCCUACCGCGUGGUCUGUAAUGGGAGCAUUCAAACCACAAUAGUAAGGAUCAGACCUGGGACCCAUGCCUUGCGCACAGAGUGACGGAUCCCGCACACACUCGUCAGCCCCCAUCAUCACUGUCAUAAUGCGUCGGGAUUACCUCCUUCAACUCUCUACUACUCAGCUGACCUGCGAAAAGCACCCUGAGAAGACUUCUCCGUCAUGUUUGUAUAUUGUAGCCUACCACGAAGCGGACCCGUCCUACCUGGCAAGUAGAGCAUCGAUAGCAGAACGCAGCCGAGGGUCACGGCGACGCGCCUCGUCCCGCCGCGGACAUCCAUGUCGGCUUCAGGAACCACAGGAAUAAAAGUAAAGUCGAAAAUUGACGAAUACGUGUUCUUUACUCCUACGCGCUGAUUCCGCGUUUUUCGAUAUCGCGUCUUCCCAUUCAGGUUAAAACAUCGCGACGGCGGGUGACAGGAGAGCGAUUUCCUGAUCGGAGCGCAUAACCUGUCCGCCUCCAGGAGGGGCGUGGCCGCGCAGGUAGAGCUACCUGUCGCGACUCGACCGUGGAGGAGGCCUACAGCUGUAGUACUACCAGGACCCGGUCCGGACUCCCCGGUCUGAUGGCCCCCCCUUCCGAUUCGCGAUGUGUCGCUCUAUUAAUACACAUUCUAGCACGCCAGGAAUGGCUGGCAUCAAGUUAUGCUUCCUAAAAAGUGACAAAUGGUGCUUGGGGAAGGAGUCGGGAGACCAGCGCUCCGUGAAGCACUCUGCAGAGGGAGGGGUAGGCCUAUGCUGUAUGCAAAUGGAGGACAGUUCAGUUGCAAAUCACCCGUGGCUUGCAGUUGCAGCAAGAUGCUUUAUCCACAACAAAUGAAGCGCAGACAUUCGCCUCGUUCCCGUCAAUGUUCGCUAUACUUUGUACGAAAUGGUGAGCGAAAACUGGACGAAAGUGGGGUAAUUCGUGACGCACUUGAUCCCGUAUCGGGGACGAGGGAAGUGAUGACACGUUAUUAGGCAACGAAUGCUUUUGUAUUUUUGUUGGUUUUCAAACGUGUGUGCAAAUAUCUGGGAAUCACUCUUGCCCGCACAUGUCUGCAAGACGCAUUCCUGAGCGCCACGCAGCGCCCCGGGGCGCGCGCACGCACAUGCCCGUGUGUGCACGCGCGGUUGUUUACUGGUAGAUCCACUCGGUGUUUUUCGACCAAACUCGUUUUUCCACCUCAGUAUUAGAUGUCCGGGCCAGGUGUGAUCUCUCUAUUGUGGUGCGAGACCCACUGCAAGGCUCGGGAGAGAGAGGGGACUUCCCCGUUGGAAACUUUGUUUCGUCCUCUCCUGACCGCUGAGUUUCGAUUAGAGCGAUGGGGAACUAACAGGAAAAUUAUACUGGAGCAGGUUGUUAUAAAAUCAUGUGCAGGUCAUAUGCAUGUCCACACGGGGGAAGCACAGAGCGAGAACUUGAAGAGUUUGGAUUGGUUUGAGUCCAUAAGCUUUUGUUAAAUUGCCCUUACUUUAUUGUUAAAGAUGAACUUCUCUGAAUCUCAAGUAUUGAGAUUCAGAGAAGCUGUCUAUUUUGGAAGUUUUGACAACGGUCAUUUCUAUAGGCCAGCCGCUGCAAAUUAGCAUUGCAAAAAUCAGUUUUCGCACUCAGACCAUCUACGGUGUGCUAUAAUUCUGGACGAGGUCCAGCCCCACUGCGGCAGAGACCCGGCUCAGCUGUCGUCUGUUAUAACCAGAAGCCAACUGCUCCCCGCCACCGACCCCUGCUCCCUCACAGCUGUCUGGGGCAGGCAUUCAAUGAGUCACCCAGAGAGACCCUCACACGUCCAAAGACACAGUUAUACACCCAGAGAGACAGUCACCCACCCGCCUAGAGAGACAGUCAGACAUCGAGGGAGACAGUCAGACACACAGAAAGACAGGCUGACGCCCAGAGAGGCAGUCAGACACCCGGAGAGACAGUCAGACAACCAGAGGCAGACACAGUCAACCAGAGAGAAAGUCACACACAUACCGACAGGCUGACACCCAGAGAGACAGUCAGACAUCCAGAGAGACAGAAACACGGGACCCCAGGAUAUGAACACCAACGCGGGGCUUUACAUUGGAAGCUGUGGGAGAUGCCGGGAAGCAGUGCAUGCUGGGAGCGCGUGCCAGGCCCUGGGAAAGCUGUUUCACAGCGCGUGUUUCACAUGCACUGAAUGUGGCAGGGGAUUGACCGGUGAGCCCUUUUACCUGGUGUCUGGGAGGAUCUACUGUGACAAGGACUUCUUGCGCUCCGUUGUUCAGCCGACGCCCGAGGUCUGCGGGGGGUGUGGCCUCUCCAUCCCCGAUACGGUCCUUCAGGCGAGGGGCCGGUCCUACCACCCCUCCUGCUUCCGCUGUCCCACCUGCCGACGGGCCCUGGAGGGCCUCCCGUUCACCAUGGGCCCCGACGGCCAGCCCUACUGCCUCAGGGACUACCACAGGCGCUGGGCUGCCCGGUGUGCCGCCUGCCUGGAGCCCAUCUGCCCCCUACAGGGGUCCAAAGAAACGACUAGAAUAGUAAUAUCGGACCGAAGUUACCAUGUGGAGUGCUACGACCGCCAAGUAAAUCAAGUUUGACAAGAUCUGUUAGGCAUUUAUUUGUUAUUUGUUGAAUUAUUAAUUAUUCAUCUAUAUUAUUUAUUCAUAAUUAAUUAAU